AUGCCCAGGGCCAGCGCGCUCUGGGCCCCGGUUUCACCGCUGCUGCCGCCCCUGGUGCUGCUCCUGUGCGCGCUGCCUCGCGGUGCCGGGGUGCUGGAGGAGCGCGCGGACGCCGUCCCGGACUACGCGGCUGCGGGAGGCGAGGAGGGCGCGGACCCGCAGCCCGAGCGGUACCACGACCCGUGCAAAGCUGCUGUGUUCUGGGGGGACAUUGCUCUGGAUGAAGAUGAUCUGAAGCUGUUUCACGUCGACAAGGCCCAAGGCUGGACCAAGCCACCAGGGGAGGACGUGGGACAUAGCACUGGUGGGCUUGGAGAACAGCCAGCCGAGAACUGGCCGAACACCACUGCCUCGAAUUCCAGCGGCCACCAAGCUAGAAAGGGUGGCAAGGAGGAUGACGGACUUCCUUCCAGCCCUGAGACCUUGAAUGCCGCAGCCCAGACCUUCUCUGCCCGGGUCCGAAGAGCCACAACUUCCAGGACAGAGAGGAUCUGGCCUGGAGGGGUCAUCCCCUAUGUCAUUGGAGGGAACUUUACUGGCAACCAGAGAGCCAUUUUUAAACAGGCCAUGAGACACUGGGAGAAGCACACCUGUGUGACCUUCGUCGAGAGGACUGAUGAGGAGAGCUUUAUUGUGUUCAGUUACAGGACGUGUGGGUGCUGCUCCUACGUGGGGCGCCGAGGACCAACCCAUAUGGUCAGCCCCGACACCAGUGAGUGCGCGCCCCCUUCAGGGAGCAGCAAGUUCAUGCUGCAAAAGGAUGUAGAGCCAGACAGUCCUGACUUUUCUUCCUCUCUCUUUUUUUCUUUCUGUAGAGGAGUUUUCUUAGACACCAUCCUUCCCCGUCGAGACGACAAUGGCAUCCGGCCAACCAUUGGCCAGCGUGUGCGGCUCAGCCAGGGAGACAUAGCCCAAGCUAGGAAGCUGUACAAAUGCCCAGUGUGUGGGGAGACCCUGCAGGACACAACAGGCAACUUUUCUGCACCUGGCUUCCCCGGCGGCUACCCCUCGUACUCCCACUGCGUCUGGAGGAUCUCCGUCACUCCAGGGGAGAAGAUCGUCCUAAACUUCACAUCCAUGGACUUGUUUAAGAGCCGUCUGUGCUGGUACGAUUAUGUGGAGGUCCGGGAUGGAUACUGGCGGAAAGCCCCCCUGCUGGGGAGGUUUUGUGGUGAUAAAGUCCCCGAGCCCCUGGUCUCCUCAGACAGCCGGCUCUGGGUGGAGUUCCGCAGCAGCAGCAACAUCCUGGGCAAAGGGUUCUUCGCCGUGUAUGAAGCUACAUGUGGAGGAGACAUUAACAAAGAUGCUGGCCAGAUCCAAUCUCCCAACUACCCAGAUGACUACAGGCCUUCCAAGGAAUGUGUGUGGAGGAUCACGGUGUCGGAUGGGUUUCAUGUGGGACUCGCCUUCCAAGCAUUUGAGAUUGAGAGGCACGACAGCUGCUCGUAUGACUACCUGGAGAUUCGUGACGGCCCCACAGAGGAGAAUGCUCUGAUCGGCCGCUUCUGCGGCUACGAGAAGCCGGAGGAUGUGAAGUCCAGCUCGAACAUGCUGUGGGUGAAGUUUGUGUCUGAUGGCUCCAUCAGCAAAGCAGGCUUUGCGGCCAGUUUUUUCAAAGAGGUGGACGAGUGCGCCUGGCCAGACCACGGCGGAUGUGAGCAGCGCUGUGUGAAUACGCUCGGCAGCUACAAGUGUGCGUGUGACCCUGGCUAUGAGCUGGCUGCUGAUAAGAAGGCAUGCGAAGUGGCCUGCGGCGGCUUCAUCACCAAGCUGAACGGAACCAUCACCAGCCCCGGGUGGCCGAAGGAGUACCCCAUGAACAAGAACUGUGUCUGGCAGGUGGUGGCCCCCGCGCAGUUCCGCAUCUCCCUGCAGUUUGAAGUGUUUGACCUGGAAGGCAAUGAUGUCUGUAAGUACGACUUUGUGGAGGUACGCAGCGGCCUGUCCCCUGAAGCCAGGCUGCAUGGCAAAUUCUGUGGCUCCGAGAUGCCUGACGUCAUCACCUCCCAGAGCAACAACAUGCGCGUGGAGUUCAAAUCCGACAACACCGUCUCCAAGCGUGGCUUCCGGGCCCACUUCUUCUCAGACAAGGAUGAGUGCGCCAAGGACAACGGUGGCUGCCAGCAUGAGUGUGUCAACACGCUCGGAAGCUACCUGUGCCAGUGUCUGCAUGGCUCCCGGCUCCAUGACAACGCGCAUGACUGCAAGGAGGCGGGCUGUGUACACAAGAUCAGCGAUGCAGAGGGGACCCUGGCGAGCCCCAGCUGGCCUGACAAGUACCCGAGCCGGAAGGAGUGUACCUGGAACAUCUCGUCCACAGCAGGCCACAGGGUGAAGCUCGUGUUCAACGAGUUUGAGAUUGAGCAGCACCAGGAAUGUGCCUAUGACCACCUGGAGGUGUACGAUGGCCCCGACAGCCUCGCGCCUGUGCUCGGCCGGUUCUGUGGCAGCACGAAGCCAGAGCCAGUGGUGGCCUCAGGCAGCAGCCUGUUCCUGAGGUUCUAUUCGGAUGCCUCGGUGCAAAGGAAGGGCUUCCAGGCAGUGCAUAGCACAGAGUGUGGGGGCAGGCUGAAGGCUGAAGUGCAGACCAAGGAGCUGUACUCCCAUGCCCAGUUUGGGGACAACAACUACCUGGCCCAGGCCCACUGUGAGUGGGUUAUAGUGGCGGAGGACGGCUAUGGUGUGGAGUUGAUAUUCCAGGCCUUUGAAGUGGAGGAGGAGGCUGACUGUGGCUAUGACUACAUGGAGGCAUUUGAUGGCUACGACAGCUCAGCUCCGAGGCUUGGCCGCUUCUGUGGCUCUGGGCCAUUAGAAGAACUCUACUCGGCAGGGGAUUCCCUGAUGAUCCGGUUCCACACUGAUGACACUAUCAACAAGAAAGGCUUUCACGCUCGGUACACCAGCACCAAGUUCCAGGACGCUCUGCACGUGAAGAAAUAAUGCCACAGUCCUAGACAGACAGGAACUGAGAGUGUUCUUACAAUAGCACCUUGAAAAUCAGCCCUAAAGCAAGUGUAUAGUGUUCUUGUGAAGCAAAACCUCGCAGUCCAGCCUGGAAGGCGUGUACGGAGAUGAGAGGACGUGUGUGGCCAACACGAAGGAGGGUGAUGCUCUUUUGGUUCCAGCUGCGAAGGUAUCCAUAUGGGCUUCUGAAGAAGAUGAAGGUUAAAGCUGCUGACUAUUCAAGCUAUGCUUGUUUCUACCCAUUGCUGUCCCUUGCUCUUGUGGGGCAAAAGGCUGGCCCUGGGGCUGGCCAUUUCUCUAUUGUGAAUGUGCUUCCAUAGGUGCCAGGCAAUGUGACCGUAUCCUGGAGACAGACUGCCUUCUGUCUACACUGGGCAGUGAGGACACAAGCCUGGUGGUGGCCAAUGUGCCACAGCUUUGUCUGGAAACUUCUGCUUUCUCUCUGCCGGGAUGUAUUAGCUGAGAAACCUGAGAAUGUGGACUUCAGGAUGACAAGCAGCCCCGUAAGCAGCGCGCAGAGGCAUCUUCGAGCGCAAGAGUCAUUGUUGUGAACUUGGAAGGCCUUACAGCUUUGCUCUGCAGCACUUGUCCCCUUGUCCCCUUGGUGGCUCCCUUCACUUAACUGCAUUGAGGAGCUAAGGUGUCCGUCCACAUGGAUUUUAGCAGGAUACUGGCUGGCGAGAAACCUCAGUGCGCUGGGGAGGAGACAUCCUGGCUCAUCGCAGCAUUCUCUUGCUUGCUGACUUUGAGAAGACGCCAGUGUGCCCGGGGCUCCCGGGCUCUAAAGAACCUCGGUGAGGAGGCGCCUGCCGCGGGGCCUCCUGACAGCCCGUGCACACUGCAUCAGCCAACGUGCGAAGACCUCUUACAAGGGCCAGUCGGGUCCCUUGUGGGGUGAACACUUUCAUUCUAAGUUAUGUAAGAAUCCUCACCUUGUGGAACAAGUCAACCCUUGACUAACUAACUCCCUGUAAUCAAACAGGCUAAAGAGAACAUUGCUAACCUUGCUCGGAUUAACUGUACUCGGUCAGCACCUUGGAAUCAGGAUUCACGACGCUCAGCACUUGUUCUCGGGCCGUGUAGAGGAUAAUGUUUACAUAACUUUAGUACCUCA